UAAUAUGUAUCUACUUAACUUAGAAUUUUUUUUUUAGUUCAAUUACCGAAUUGGACAUGUUGCUGAAAAACAUCAUAGGAGUGUACUUCUUCGUUGCUACUUUGACAUUAUGCUCGGUUGCAGUCAGACUAAAAAGUGAGGACAUGGGCGUAAUGCAGCUCGUGUCACUGAUACAGUACAUGUGCGGUACUUUAACGCAGCUGUUCUUAUUUUGCCGUUACGGUGACGCAGUUUUACACGAGAGUACAAUGGGAAUGGGCGAAGGGCCUUUUGCAGCCGCGUCCUGGUGCUUGAGCCCUCGUGUCAGACGGGACCUAUCAAUGCUUAGUGCUGGAAUGAUGAGCCAGCGACAUCUGCGCGCUGGGCCGUUCAGCUUUAUCGAUCUGCCUUCGUUUAUACAGGUCGUGCGUGCUGCAUAUAGCUACUACGCAGUGUUGGGCAAAAAAGAGUGAAGAAGUAGGUACAUAUAUGCAUUACCAAGAAUUAUAUAAAAAUAUGCUUAAAUAAAAAUAAAAACAUGUUUGUAAACAAAAUAAUGCAUACAUUAUGUAGGGACAUGUUUGCAUGUAUUACAUUUACUUAACAAUUGAGGUCACAUCGUUGCAGUGUCGAUAAAGAUUAUUACCUAGGUACUGCCAUCAUUUGCACGUCACUAAUGCG